AUGGACGCGGUCCGAGGGUGGCACGACGGAGCGCUCAAGCGCAUCGAGCGUGAGCUCCACGCGUCGUCCACGGACCGCCGGGACCGCGUCGAGCUCCGAGUGAACCAGACCGUGCCGUCACUCGCCGGCCCCGCGUUACGGCCCGAUCUCCAGCUCUACAACCACACCAAGAAGACGGUGGCGGUGGUCGACCUGGCCGUGGCGUUUGAGGAGCAGGCGAGUGACGACGCGAGCAGCUCGGCGCUGUCCCUUAUCGCCAGCCACAAGCGAGCCAAGUACGAUCGCAUCAAGCGACACCUCGAUCGCCAAGGAUGGAAGGUACAUCUCUCGGCGCUCGUGUACGGGUCGCUUGGGGCGGUCGCUAGUGGCAACUACCAGGUGUACACCACACACCUGGGGCUACUCAAGCGCGAUGCAAAGCGGCUGGACCGCCAGCACCGGACUCGCCAACACCAGGCGAGGCCCAGCCAAGGACCAAGAGGCAGCCGGGCGACGAAGACCGGAGGGACUUCGUCCCAGACAAGCCGCCGCUAG